AUGAGUCAUUUGUCAUCGCUGCCUCCAAGACUGGAUACUGUUGACAUGCAGUCUCCAAGAAUACCAGGUAGAAAACGAGGAAGACCCCCACUCCAUUCUACUGCGAUGAAAAUGGCUGUUCACAAUCUUUAUUCAGCACCAGGUGGAUCCUUACCCAUAGUGAAGAUCCCAAAGAAGAGAGGGAGGAAACCCGGGUACAAGCUAAAGUCUCGUGUUCUGAUGACUCCUUUAGCAAUCUCUCCUCUGAGAAGCACACCAGAGCCUGACAUUAGUUCAAUCCCUCAGGAUGCAGCUACAAUACCUAACUCAGCUGCUCCACAAGCUCUUACAGUUUGCAUCUACGUCAACAAACAGGCGAACAUGGGGCCAUACCUUGACAGAAAAAAAGUGCAACAGCUUCCAGAUCACUUUGGGCCUGAAAGACCUUCCAUGGUCCUACAGCAGGUAGUUCAGGCCUGCAUUGACUCCUCACUUCAGCAAAAGACCGUCUUCUCACUUGUCAAGCAGGGCUAUGGAGCUGAAAUGGUGUCAGUUUCUGCCUCUUUUGAUGGAAAACAGCAUCUCCUGAGCCUGCCAGUUGUGAACAGCAUUGGGUAUGUCCUGCGCUUCCUCAAAAAACUCUGCCGCAGCCUAUUGUGUGACAAUCUCUUCAGCAAUCAGUCUUUCGCACAAUACAGCAGCACUUCUGAACAUCCAAAGGAGUAUGAGAGUAGAAGGAUGGAGUCAGCCUCAAGUCCUUCACUGGAAAGAAAAGAUAUGGCUCGACCAUCAAGCAAGAAUCCUUCGACCUGGACCGUUGAUGAUGUGAUAUGGUUUGUGAAGGAUGCAGACCCACAUGCGUUAGGUCCACAUGUGGAGCUUUUCAGAAAACAUGAGAUUGAUGGCAAUGCUUUGCUGUUGCUGAAAAGUGACAUGAUCAUGAAAUACCUGGGGCUGAAAUUGGGACCAGCACUGAAACUUUGUUACCACAUUGAUAAACUCAAGCAAGCAAAAUUCUGA